AGAUCCAAGGAUGAUGAUAUCGAUCCUCACUUGGAUACUGUUGAUUGGCUGUAUAAGCCGAUCCGGAGCUGUUGGUCUCCACAGUUGAGGAAAUCCCGCAUGGGAAUUUGUCAGUCGGAUCCAAUUUGCUUCCGACCAGAGUUGGGGUAGUCGGUCUGUAUCGAUCGAGAUAAUUGUAUCUGCGUGUCUGCUUCGACCGUGGUAGCCGAUUUACGACCUGCGAUUUCUGCUGCCUGUUGAAAACGCUUUGUCAAACAUGGAGGGCUCGGAAGAGGUCGAUGCACCACCCCAGGACAAACGCAGAAGAACCUCCAAUGCAUGUGUACAGUGUCAGCGAAACAAAAAACGCUGCGACGGCGGCAUUCCAAAAUGUACUUCGUGCACAGAGCGCCAAUUGGCGUGUACUUACCGCGGAGUCAGACGUCGAGGCCGGGGGAAAGCGAAACCACAUAUCGAGAAGCUGGAGGCUCGGGUCAGUGAACUGGAGACUUCUUUACGGCAUUCGACGAGUGCUUCGGUGGGGUCUGCCGACAAUGAAGUUUCCAAAGUGGGAACCGAUCAGAACAGCGCUCAGUCUACUCUAUCAGACAGACUGAAUGCAUCGGAGUCUGAAGCAAGUGCGCCAACGUGUCGCUCAGAUGACCCCGAGCAAACGCAGAAAGCGCAGAGAGACCGAUUCUUCACGAUCCUCCCAGAGCAACCAACGGCGGAAACGCUCAGGUCAGAGGCGAACCACGGCGCUUUCACCAGCCCCAUCUUCAUCCAACUUCCCCCAAAGGCCCAUCUCCAGUCUCUGUUCGAAGUGGCCCUCGUUGAACUCAAUCACCAGGUGCCCUUCUUCGACACCCCCCUGUUGCUCACUCUGUUGGACGAACACUUCGCACACCCGACUGCUCCCCGAGGAGAAAACCCCCAGCGCUGGGCCAUGCUCAAUACAGCAGUAGCCGUCGCGAUCCAACUCCGGACCGCCAAGGGCUCGGAACGUGCCAUGAUGGAGCUAUCAUGGGCUUUCUUUAAGAAUGCGUUCAGCGUAUACCCCGCCAUUACCUUACGCGGCGCAGACAUACUAGCUGUCGACGCGCUGCUCGCUAUGGCUGUAUACAUGCAGGGCUCCACUGAUCUGCGAACCACGUCGGUCCUGGUCUGUGCGGCCGCGCGCCUGUCGUCAACACUUGGAUUGCAUCGACCGACGUAUUACUCUGGGCUUGACUCUGCUGCUGCCAACCGCAGUAGGAGGGCCUUCUGGGCCUCUUAUCUUCUCGACAAGGACAUAUCUGUACGGACUGGAUUGCCUUCCAACUUUGAUCAGGAGGCAAUCAGCCUUCAUCAUUUUAAUAUCGCUGUGCCUGGAUCUGAGAUAGGUAGCCACGGCUUGGGAAUGGACAUGUCGGCGUCCACUCUUAUCCAGUUCCAGGUUCAACUAGCAAUGAUUGAUUCCACUGUUGAGAAACGGCUCUUUUCCACCUCUUCUAACGAAAAGAGCGCUCACCAGCUCUUGAACAUCGCAGCUGAGCUUGACCACCAACUGAUGACCUGGAAAGCGAGCCUCCCGGUACAUCUCCGAGCUGAUCAUCUCGACCGGUCCUCACCAACAACAACAAUAGCCAGGGAGCCUAUCAUCCAGCUACACCUCGCGUACUACAGCACACUCUGCGAACUCCACUCCUUUUCCGCGCACCUCGAUCCCCACGACGUCCCCAGUACCAUACAGCAAGCCAACUCCGCAAGAACCACUCAAAUAUCCGCAGCCUCGGAGACAAUCCACCUCCUACAAUGCCUAUCUCGCCGUGAACAACCCGGAUAUCUCUGGCAUAUCCUAUUCUAUCCCACGGCCGCAUGCAUCACGCUCGUCACUGUUGUACUUGACAGGCCUAGAGACCCCCAGGCGCGUUUCUGCGCCGAACGUAUCGGUGAGCUCGUGGCGUUUCUGAGAGCCCUGCAGCGUGAUGGAAACCUUGAAGUACAGGCUUUAUUAGACCUAUGCUGCGUAUUGGAAAAGCUGGUUCUUAAUACAAUUCUGAACGCGGUAAAUGUGACUACGGCCGAGGGUUCACCUUGCACUGGCAUCGCCCUAGAGCUCGACACAUGGAGACAGCAAAUCCUAUCUCCCACCCACACCCACACCCACAACAGAACAAGCAGCAUGCACCUCGCCUCCGGGCUACUGGGCAACAUACCCAAUCUAUGCUCAAUCGCCGCUACCACCUUUUCGGGUCUUCUGCCUAAGGGCCAGAUACAGAUAUCGCCGGUUUCGAGCCUGCUUGCGCCGCCCUCGCUGGAUCCUGGGAGGUAUGGGUUUGGGUUUGCUUGAUUGGGCCUGUUCUUUCUACAUACCUAAGGUACGGAGUACAUUAUUGUAGACUGGUUGGUUGGGUGGGUGGAACCUGGCCUGUUGGCCUGACCUAGCAUGACCUAGCUAUGUGCAACUGAUUAGGUUGGGAUGUUGGUAGAUGUGAUG